AUGGAGGGUGCUUCCGCUCCCUUAGCCGACUACUUCUGGAUUGCCGGUGUAGAGUCUAUAGCCUACAAUGACGCUCCGCUUCCUACACAGCAUGUCGAAUCGACCAUCGCCGAAGAUGAGCAAGAGGACACCUGUGACGCCCUGAACGGGAACUCGAGGGCAACGGCCCGCCAUUCACGCCAGAGCUCCGCUCACCGCAUAUCCAAGCUCUCUAACGAUGCCCGUUUCUCCAUCCAUACCCUCGAGGAGGUCGACGGCAGUACGCGAAGCAAUAGGAGUAGUGCUACUAUACGGCCCACCAACAAUACCCAGCCCGCCAAUGCCAACGCCAACGCCAACCUCACAGUUCCUUCCGCCGAGGGCGCCCUGACAAUGUCCGACUUCGACUUCGACAAGGCUCUCUUCAAGUUUGCCGCCGAGCGAGAACACUUCCUCGAGGAUCUUUCCUUCAGCGCCGGCGCAAAGCUACAGUCGAGACCCCCCAUGGUGAACCCGAGAGCCGAGAGAAUCAAGGCCGACGAGAAUGACGGCCCCUCCCGAAGGAGCCCCCUGCGCAGCAUCAAAGGGAGCAUCAAGGGCAGCAUCAAGGGUAGCAUCCGCAGGAAGAUGAGCUUCAGGGAUAUGUCUAGCACCAGGAAGCAACCCAUAACCCCCAAGCCAGGUCUGUCAGGUCUCGCACACAUCACUACAGCCGUCGCCCACCCCGCGACGACGAUCCCAAUUCCCGAGCUUGAAGAGCGCCCGCGUCGUGCUGACAUAGAUCCCUCCGUAGCCUCUAUCCGAACCGCCAAGAGACUGAGCCACUACAAUUCCGUCAUACCACCCCCCGAACCUUUGAACACCGAUCCGGAUAUGCACCCGCUUAAGCGCCGCUUCGAACCCGUUCUCCUAGAUCGCUACCCUCCGAGCAAUGGGUCCGACGAGAUAUCCCGGAGAGGAAAGUUCCCCGACUAUGUUCCCAUGUUCGCCUUUCCCAACGACAUCCAGAUCGUCUCCUCCGACGACCGGCCGAGAUCGACUUGGCAUGGCUUCACCAUGACUUCCGACAACAACACCAAGAUUUACGGCAUCACCGUCAUCAUCUGGACCGCCCUAACCGCCGACGUCGCCGAGGAGGUGGAGCAACGCUGCGAGGCCUGGCGCCAGAGCCACAUGUCGAACGAAGAGAGGGAGCUAGCCGCGAGUCUGGGCGUGAGGUUGGCUGGCGAGAGGACCCAUCUUUCCCAGCUCCUUGCCAAGCUGCCCCAGAUUCCUUCCGGCUCGCCCGCGCGAGAGACACUGGAGGAUCAGAUCAGCUCUGUUGAGGAGAAGAUUACCUUGAUGACCGAGAUGUUGCGCCCUCUUCGCCACGGUGCCGCCUCUAAGAUUGAUGGCCUAACAACGGGGGAAUCGGGUCUCUGGGUCCCCCGUGCGUACGGUAUCCUUGGAAGGGACGCAACCAGGAUGACCUUCUGGAAGGAAUGGUUGAGAGCCGUCAUAAUCCCCAUGAUGGACGGCGCCGUCCUGCGUGUGCCCCCCAGCUCGCCCAAGGUAGGUCGCUGGCAGCCUAUGGAGCGGUACGUCGUCAAUCUUUGCAUCGAGGCCUUCAGCCCUCUGGGCUCCAAGACCCAGGUGGAAAUUGGCGUGAGGGAGCUGCGCCUAUACGCGAGGCAAGAGGCCGCAAACGAGAUCCCCGGCUCCCGGUCCAUCGACAUAUAUGCCCUCUUUAGAUGUCUUUCUCUCGAGAAUGUCGUAGCCUUGUUCGAGUAUGCGAUGUCCGAGUCUCGCAUCAUCUUCCUAUCAUCACACACAGCCAUGCUACACCUUGCAUGCCACGCUCUCGCCAGUCUCCUCUACCCCCUGAAAUGGGCUAGUGUAUUCAUCCCUGUCCUACCCGCCCGCCUUUUGUCCGCUCUCGAUGCGCCCUGCCCUUACGUUGUCGGAGUCGAACGUCGUUACGAGCGAAUCGAGCUUCCAGACGAUGAUUACGUGCUCGUCGACCUCGACAAAGACACCAUCGAUGCCACCUCGCAGCCCAUUCGACUCCCUCGCCAGCAACGGAGAAAGCUCAUGUCCUUGCUACAGGUCGCUGCCCCCGCAAAACUAAGGUAUGGCGUGGCGAGCGGACCGCCUCCCUACGCCAUGGAAUCCUUCCCCUACGAUGCGUUUUCCGUCGAGGAUGGGACCAUUUUCUCCCCGACUCCGCCCGAUGGAACGCUCGGGAAAUGGGCGGCCCAGAACUCGGCAGCGUUCGGCGAGGACGAUGAGCAAGCGAAAAUCCGAUCCCCGCUCUUCAACGCUUUUUCGCAGGUCCGGCCCGAUAGCAAGUCGGAUCGUCCAGGCACUAGCAGAUCUACGCGAACUAGUCCCCCGUCGUCGGUUUCUCCAAUGUCUACGAGCUUUCCGCCUAUGCCUUCUACCCCGGUCUCAAGGAGCGAUUCGGGAUUCGCCAUGGCUGCCACUUUGCGAGAGAAGAGGUCUGGACACUUCGACGACAAGUCGCGCCGCAGCUCUUCAUUCGGCGUAGAGAGGCAUGGGCCUCUGCAUCGCCCCAGCCUGCCAUUCCUCAACGGCCAUUCCGCGAGCAUGUCCAUCUCGGCCAUUUCUGUCGAUUCCGUGUCCUCCUACGGUGCAGGAGGCUGCGCCGGCUAUGCUCCUUCGGCGUACGCUCAGUCGACACUGGCAGCGUCGACGAUUAUGCCAAAUAUGAUGGUACAACCAGUGCAGAAUACGGAAAGUACGGCGUGGGUCGAAGGUCACUGCUUUGACUGGUGCGAGGAGGUCACGGCCUCGUGCUCUGUCUGUGACGAGCGCGCGGAGCUAGAUGGUAUCUACAAGUGCUCCGGCUGCGGUGCGUAUUCCCAUGGCCGUUGCCUCGGCUUUGUCUGUCUCGUCUGUCCGCGUGCGUUCCACGCCGAUCGCGUGCGUGUGGCCUUUGUUCGCUGUCUCGCGAGCCUCAUGUACACGUACAGGAAGUUCUUGGGACGACCAACGCGGGAGCAGAGGAAUAACGGUCAGCUCUACGCCUUUGAUAUGGAUGGAUUUGUCAAGAGCUUGCCGUACGAGCAGCAGGAUUAUGCUAUGAUGAUGCGUGAAACGCAAGCAUUCAACGAAUUCAUCCACGAGCGGGAGAGACACCCCGCUUCGGACCCAUCGAUCAAGCUCUUUGACGAGAUCCUCAUGGCCAAGAAGGCUCGAGGUCGGCAUAAUCUCUCUAGCGGACUAUCGCGGCUCUCGGUCAUCCGGGCGUCUCACGGAGCGUCGGUGUUAGGCCCCAGCAUCAACAUCCACGGACCCAGGGGCAGCAAGACGACGACUUAUCUGAUGGACAGGUCGGAUCACAUUUGGCGCACGGCUUCUGUUCCGAUGCCCAGCGCCAAGUUUAACGGGGAUUACAGAGCCGUGGUCAGCCGUGUGCCGUCAAGGCUUGACCCGUCGUUUAUGAUGGAGCCUCGCAGCAUCCAGGGCGUUCCGAGGCCAGAACAGCGGAAACGCGGUCUCGUCCGGAAGCAAGUUCCUAGCAUGUUGGGAAUGUUGACGCCAAAUAUGUCCUGA